CGGGGGAGGGCCCCCGCCGUCCCCAACCGGGCAGCGCCCCGCACCGCCGUGGCUCUUCGGCUCCCGCCAGCGUGGAGGGGAUCCAGGGGAAGCUCCCUUCACCUCCCACUUGAGUGACCCCUUGCCGCUCGGGCAAGCCAGGCUCAGAUGGAUUUCACCUGGUGACCCCUCGCACCCUCCAGUCUUAAUGGAGAGCUGAUGUCUCUGAACCCUCCGGAGCAAAGCCAGGCCUACCCGCGCCGGAACCUUGGGAGCCCGAAGGGCCAGGAGGCCGCCGCCGCAGGAGUCAUGUACACCUUCCUGCCUGAUAACUUUUCGCCCACCAAGCCCAAGGCGUCCAAAGAACUGAGGCCGCUGCUGCUCUCCGGCGCGCUGGGGCUGCUGCUGGUGCUGACCGCGGUGGUGGCCUGGUGCUACUACAGCGUCUCCUUACGCAAGGCCGAACGUCUGCGCGCCGAGUUGCUGGACCUCAACGCGGGAGGCUUCUCCAUCCGCAACCAGAAGGGCGAACAGGUUUUCCGCCUGGCUUUCCGCUCGGGCGCGCUGGACCUGGACUCCUGCAGCCGCAACGGCGCGCUGCUCGGUUGCUCCCACACCGCAGAUGGCCGCCCGCUGCACUUCUUCAUCCAGACCGUGCGCCCCAAGGACACGGUCAUGUGCUACCGCGUGCGCUGGGAGGAGACUGCAGCGCCAGGGCGCGCGGUGGAGCAUGCCAUGUUCCUGGGCGACGCCACCGCGCACUGGUACGGAGGCGCCGAGAUGAGGACGCAGCACUGGCCCAUCCGUUUGGAGGGCCACCAAGAACCCCAGCCUUUUGUCACCAGCGACGUCUACUCCUCCGACUCUGCCUUCGGAGGCAUCCUGGAACGCUAUUGGCUCUCGUCGCGCGCGGCCGCGAUCAAGGUCAAUGACUCGGUGCCCUUCCACCUGGGCUGGAACGUCACGGAGCGCUCCCUGCUCCUGCAAGCGCGCUACCACGACACGCCCUACAAGCCGCCGCCCGGCAGCACGGCGGCACCCGAGCUCAGCUACCGCGUGUGCGUGGGCUCCGACGUCACCUCCAUCCAUAAGUACAUGGUCCGGCGCUAUUUCAACAAGCCGUCCAGGGUGCCGGCCCCGGAGACCUUCCGGGACCCCAUCUGGUCCACGUGGGUGCUGUACGGGCGCGCCGUGGACCAGAGCAAGGUGCUGGACUUCGCGCAGCAGAUCCGGCAGCACCGCUUCAACAGCAGCCACCUGGAGAUCGACGACAUGUACACGCCGGCCUACGGCGACUUCGACUUCGACCAGGCCAAGUUCCCCAACGCCAGCGACAUGUUCGGCCGCCUGCGCGACGCCGGCUUCAGCGUCACCCUCUGGGUGCACCCGUUCGUCAACUACAACUCGUCGCGCUUCGGGGAGGGCGUGGAGCGCGAGCUGUUCGUGCGCGAGCCCACGGGCCGGCUGCCCGCGCUGGUGCGCUGGUGGAACGGCAUCGGCGCCGUGCUGGACUUCACGCGCCAGGAGGCGCGCGACUGGUUCGAGGCGCAGCUGCGGGGGCUGCGCGCGCGCUACGGCGUGGCCUCGUUCAAGUUCGACGCGGGCGAGGUGAGCUACCUGCCGCGGGACUUCAGCACGCACCGGCCGCUGUCCGACCCCAGCGUGUGGAGCCGGCGCUACACGGAGAUGGCACUGCCCUUCUUCGCCAUGGCCGAGGUGCGCGUGGGCUACCAGUCCCAGAACAUCUCGUGCUUCUUCCGCCUCGUGGACCGCGACUCGGUGUGGGGCCACGACCUGGGCCUGCGCUCGCUCAUCCCCGCCGUGCUCACCGUCAGCAUGCUGGGCUACCCGUUCAUCCUGCCCGACAUGGUGGGGGGCAACGCCGUGCCCCAGCGCACCGAGGGCGGCGGCCCCGUGCCCGAGCGCGAGCUCUACGUGCGCUGGCUCGAGGUGGCCGCCUUCAUGCCCGCAAUGCAGUUCUCCGUCCCACCCUGGCAGUACGAUGCCGAAGUGGUGGCCAUCGCGCACAAGUUCGCUGCACUCCGCGCCUCCCUGGUGGCGCCGCUCUUGCUGGAGCUGGCCGGGGAGGUGACGCACACGGGAGACCCCAUCGUGCGCCCGCUCUGGUGGAUCGCGCCCGGAGACGAGACGGCGCACCGCAUCGACUCGCAGUUCCUCAUUGGGGACACGCUGCUCGUGGCGCCCGUGCUGGAGCCCGGCAAGCAGGAGCGCGACGUCUACCUGCCCGCCGGCAAGUGGCGCAGCUACAAGGGCGAGCUCUUCGACCAGACGCCGGUGCUGCUCACUGACUACCCUGUCGACUUGGAUGAGGUCGCUUACUUCAUCUGGGUCUCCUGAUCUGCCCCCCAACUUGCGCCCCCACAGCUAGCACCCCGGAGUCUCACAGCGCUAACCUGCAUCUUCAGGAAGGCCUUUUACUGCCCCCAUCAAAACCACCCCGCCUGGCCCCAGCAAUCCCCGAGCCUCCGCACCACCCACAAAGUGGGUCUUACCUGACGUU